GCUCAGAGCCAAGGCCGAGGCAGCUGGGCAGCCUGCCUGGGUGCUACGUAGGAAGGAGAUGUCACCAAGACACCCUCCAGCCUGCUCUGGCCCUCUGCUCAUUAUGGGCUGCGGCCUUCACGGUGGGCAGUGAUGUGUGCUUGAUUCCAGAGGAUGCCAUGGGCCGAGUUUCUGCAGCUUGUCAGCUGCAUAGGACUCUUACGAGCCUUGGAGAGAGACCUGAAGGGUGGAAAUCUGUCAGUGCCUCUUUGCUUGCAGCUGGAAACACCUGGGGCUUAAGUGGUGCUUCAGGGACAACUGUACCAAAGGUGCUCUAGAAGGCUGUCCAAGAGCUUCUGAGCGGAGGUUGCCUGGCACACAUAAGUCAUGCAUAUUUAUUUGCCAGAAGAGCUGCUCGGCUAAAAGGCCAGCAGUGUUACCUGAUAUCUGCAGCAACCAAGACAUUUGUGUGUGUCCCGUGGCGGUGCCUGAUGGUGUCCGAGGACAAGGCAGAGGGAGCUCAGGGGCUCUGGAUGACUGCUUGAGGGAUCUGGGCCGCAUGUGGUAUUUUCUUCCGCCACGUGCAGUGAGCCAGACCCAGGAAGGCUCUAGAGGUGAAUGGCCGGCAGCCUGGUGUUCCCAGCAACAGUGUGGGAGUUUGAGCGUGGGUUACUCUACAGGACAGCAGGCGUGAUGGUGGCACAUGGGCUACAUCUGCCUCAAAGGGAAAAAGGCUCUUGGCUGCAGAGUUAGCAGGGCUCCUUGAGAGAGCUUUAAGUAGCAUUGGAAGUGGAAAAGGGAGUAAACCAGGCUGACGGGGGAGAUGCGUCAGCACUGCACAGCCAUGUUUGCGUGACAGUGGAGGAUGGAAGCAGUGCUGCCAUCAAAGGUCAUGAAAGUGUAGCAGAAGUCAUGGGAAAAGCAGGUUUUUGCCACAAUUCUUUCAGAACAAAAUACUACCAAAGAAACACUCUUGAAUUUGGGCUUUUUGCAGCAGCCUUCAUCCAGGUCUUCUUCUAGGGAAUUUCGGAGGAAUAAGACAUGAGUGCCUCUGCAUUCCCAUGCACAAUGCUGCCUCCAAAAUACGCCAGCCCUUCUCCAUUUGGCUCCUUCCAUUCCUGUGUAGAAGAAGGAAAUUCAGUAGAGGGGAGGUGCAAGAAUUCACAGGCAACGUGGGCGUACAUUGGGGCCUUCACAGCCAUCACUUUGGUAUGAGGUCACAGAGCUCUGUUUGAUGUCAGGUUCCAGAGCCCCACUGUGCUCUUCAGUGCUCACUCUGGGCAACACUGCAGCAGCAGCAGCAGCAGCAGCAGCAGCAGCAGCAGAGUGUUGCUAGCAGGGGGGAUCAUGGUCCUGAGCCGCUACCUCCUGCUGCUCUUUCUCGUGGCCCUGCCAGCCCAGAAUGCCCAGAGUGCUCCAGCAGCUGGGCAGGGAGCAGGGAUGAACGAUGACAAGGUUCCUGAAGAGUUCCCUGAAGGAUUGCCGGAUGUUCCAGAGGAGCUCCUGGCAGCCUUGCAUGAAGCCCCGUCUGAGACAGAUUCUGAGACUGUGCCGGAGACCUUAGCUGUGGAAGAAAGUGACAUUGUGCCAGGCUCACAUGAAAAAAGAGAACCAAUAGAGGACACCAGGACACUUGCUGAGCCUGAGGAAUAUUCAGGGUCAUCCGGUGGGCAAAAAGCCGAGACUGCUGGACACUGUGACCCGAGCAAGUACUACAUCCUAGUAGGGACAGUAGCAGCCUCAGCUUUGCUUCUGCUUGGGGCAGUGUCUGGCUAUCUAGUCAUGCAUCAGCUGCUGAAGAGAGACAGGAGGAGCCAGGAGGACAAAGAGGCAACAGGACAGGACUGGGACUCUUCCUGGGAAAGCUGUGGUCAGCCUAGAGGUGAAGCAGAGCCAGGAGAAGGAGCGGGAAGCGGCGAGAGAGCCCAAGGCAACGGGUUCAGGGACAGCUGCCGCCUGUUUCCUGAGCUCUUUGCAGCAGAGCUUGCCCGGCUGUACAAGAACAUGAGCGCAGACCCGUCACCUCUGCCCACCUGCUCCUUCUGUGCUCUGGCUGACAACGCCUCUUCACGGGACCACUGGAUUUCCCUGGAGUCACCUCAGCCCACAGCAUCCUCUUGGCCCUCCUACCACCAAUACCUGCAGGACUACUAUCUCUUAGAGGAUGAUGAUUAGUGAUAGUGAUAGCCAUAGAUAGUGAUAGUGGUAGUGAUUCUUUUAGUGAUAGUGAUAGGGACACUUGAUAUUAGAGGGUGGUGGUUGUUUUAAUGAUAGUGAUAGUUAAUAUUAGAGGAUAGUGAUGGUUUUAAUGAUAGCGUUAGUUAAUAUUAGGGGAUAGUGAUUGUUUCAAUGAUAGCGUUACUUGAUAUUAGAGUGAUAGUGAUAGUCAUAAAUAGUGAUAGUGGUAGUGAUUCUUUUAGUGAUAGUGAUAGGGAUACUUGAUAUUAGAGGGUGGUGGUUGUUUCAAUGAUAGUGAUAGUUAAUAUUAGAGGAUAGUGAUUGUUUUAAUGAUAGCGUUCUUUGAUAUUAGAGGACAGUGAUUGUAUUAGCGAUAGUGAUAGUUAAUAUUGGAGGAUGGUGAUUGUUUUUGUGAUAGUGGUACAUUUAGUGGUAGUGAUACUUGGUAUUAGCAGACAAUGAUUGUUUUCUUGAUCUUGAUAAAUAAAUAUUUUUCCAAAAGCAGUAAAUUCUUGCCUGCUGCGGCUGUUUCUGUUGGGGCAGAACGCACAGAGCUGGGAGCAGGGCUGGGGCUGUGACAGGAGCUCUGAGAAACUUGCACUGCAGUGCAGGAGCUGCUUGUGCCACCUCAGCCUGCUUUCCCAGCAGUGGCCGUUCACAAAGCUUUCCUGCACCAGCAUGGGGACACGCUGGCUAGCAGUGACAUGCAGAAACUUCUCUGGGAGCUCAUUUGGGAUGCUGCCCUGAAUCAGGAAGGUCUGGGCAGAGAGGGAAAGAUGUUCUGCGAGGGAUGGCUGUCCAGCAGUGAGCACAUCAAGGAGACCCGAGGUGGUGACUUAGGUCGUGGCAGUCCCUCCCCGAAGAGCUUCAAGAGAGGAGCAUCAAGGAGCAGAAAGCUGGAGCCGGGCUGUGUGAGAGGGGAAGGAUUGUCCUAUCAAUCACAGGAGCCUUCUUAAAAAUUAGAUGGCUAACAGUGACUAUAAUUAUAACAAAAAUUACAGUCUUGUCGCACGCAGUAUGGGAAAAAAGCCCAGAGCUGGAAUACAACAGAGAACUUUUGUGGAGGAUUUUGUGAACAGCUAGCUAGUUGACAAAGGUCACACUGAUAUAAUACCGUUAGUUAAGCAAGUAG